CAAAUUAGGAAUCUUACCAAGGUUAAAGUAGCCUGCGAAAACAUCCGUUUCUCCGUGUUUUCGCAGGCUAAGUUUAAAGGAGAUACGUUCAAAGCGAGCGAAGAUAUAAUCGUUUGUAAAAUUCAUUGAUUUUGCGAAGCUAUAUCUUUGUUAGUUUUCAACAAAUCAGGUUCAAGUGUUUGCAUCCUAGCUAAUAUUAAGGCGUUCAUUUAAGCCGUGUUGACGGAUUUUCGCUAGCUGUCCCCGGUGAAAAGAUGACAAAAAGGAAACCGUUGACGGGUCUUUUCGUCGCCGUACUCGAAGUCAAAUCUACAAGGUCGCUCUUGUUCAGCUAAGUCCAGUCAAACUUCUGUGGUACGUAUACCGAAGAGAAAAACAAAGUGUUCACUUUACAUAAGUAAUCAUAUUAGAGAAUCACGUCUCCCUUGAGACUUGGAGGUGUGCCCAAAAUAGUGACGUGUGCGAACGCGAAGAGGUUGGACUGUGCUCUAAUACCUUCGGAAAGUGUAUUGUGUAGUAAACGAAGCGGUAUUAGAACAUACGAUUCUGGGGAAAAUAAAAACCAAACGUUAAUACUAGCUUCUUAUUUAGGGCAAAGUAUUGGGCUAGGGGAAGUGUAGGGUAGUAGUUUACCAGAGUAUAUAUGGAUCCAACAAAGCUAAAUAACCAUCUCUGCUUUUAACAGAGGAGGACGAGGAAGAACAAAGUGGAUGUUAGUAGCUGAGCAGAACUAGUUUUGCACUGAAUUCAUGAACAACACGCCCCCAUUAACGUGAUUUGCCAAACCAUUGUUAGCAUUGGUCUUUUUUCGGUGGUUUCCUCAUAAAAUUGCCUAGACGUACAGUCACUUUGUUAGUAGCGAUCAAUAUGACUCUCGCAUAAACGAAACAAGACCUUUUAUGAAUUAUACAGUAACGUGCUGAUAACUUGCAACACAACCUAUCGCGUGAAACUCUUGCGCCUUCUUGGCAGGAAAUUUAAAUAUAUCUUUGUUUGUUAAGUCUCCCUUUUUUCGUCGUUACACAUUGCAUGGACGUUGCUUCAUUUUUUGCGCAAGCACAUUUUUCGGAUCAAUUUGGGUUUCCGGGAAAAUGCCACCUUCCCCUCCCCUAAGCCAUCAUUUUGCUUCAAGUGAGAAGUAAGUGUUAAUGAUAGCUCAGGUAGGUGGGCAGUUUUCGACAAACCUAAAUUGAUCCCAGUUUUCAUCAAUAUCCAAACUAACAAAAUUCCACUUCACUACUACACGACACUGUUACCUGUUAACGCAGCUGUGAACAAUAGCUGUAGCAAGCAAUUGGCAGCUGCACCUCAGAUACACCUUUGUUUUUGUUGCUGGUUUUUUCCUUUCCAACGAUUAUUCUUAUUUCCUCACUAUUUCAUUUGAUGGGUCGUAUUUGCAGCUGAAGGAGAAGCCAGCAGAGUUGGAUCGUCUCACAUCAUGGACAUCAAAGAAGAUCCGAAGAAAGGAAGUGUAUGUAGCAGAUAUGUCUUAUUAACACAACUAUUUUGGUUAAGUGAACAAACCACUGGGUCACGGAAAAAAAACGGAAUAUCUCAUUCAAAAUUGAGCCUUCACGUUGUGCAUGAAUCUCUAUUUUUCUUUUGUUGUUGUUCUAAAAAAAUUCCCCACUUUUGCAUUACCCAAAAUGCACCUUGUUUGUACCCUUAACGUUUGCAUAACUAUUGUUUGCAAUUCAUCUUGGGUAUUAAAGUCGUCGAAAGAAAACAAUGCUUGUACAAAAUUUUUGAAGGCAAACAAGGUGUAUGGUCAAUGCCGAAGUGACAGAAAAUGAAACUACGCAUGUUUUCCCGCCAAAAAUACCGGAAAUAAAGAAAGACUGGUAUUCUCUUAAACAAGGAGAAGGCUGGCAGUGAACAAAAUCCAGAAGGUUAUAGCGCUUUUUUAGCUCGUCAACGAUUCGCUUUGCGCUAAAGCCACGUGUUUUGGCGUCUGUUUAGUUGAAAUAAUAAUUACGUUAUUGUAGUUUUUCCUUGUCUACUUGUAAUGAUUUUACGUCCAUUGAAAAAGAUGAAUCGGCUUGCGGCUCGUAACGUACGUUGUGAUUAUUUUAGGAUCAAGCAGAUGAAGAUAUCGAUUGGUGGUCCAAGUUUUAUGCCUCUGUUGGUGAUAAUGACAAAGCUGGAACUUACAUGGAGAAAGGAUAUGACAAGAUCAUGGUAAGUGAAGUUGAAACAGUUUCGGAUCAUUAGAUGUUUCUGGGAAACUGCCCACCUACCCCUACUCUAAGCCAACAUUUUGCCCCAAGUGCUUGAGAAGUAAGAGUUAAUGUUGGCUUGGGGGAGGGGUAGGUGGGCAGUAUCCCAGAAACGUAUGAUGAUCCAUAGUUUCAUAUUAUGAAAAAUUAGAAGGUCAGGAACUGCGAAUAUUUCUGGUAAAUAUGAUUAUAAUGGCUGUUUAUUUCGCUCUGUUGUAGUAAAGAAGACUGAAUUAACAAGAUAAUUACAUGACCGAGUAAUUAUAACUUGCUAUGGCAACUAUAAAUGAUAGCUUAAGCACACCAUAAAAUAAAUAUUAGUAUAACGGUUAACUGUGUUGUCAUGUAUAAGUGACGAAGCCAUUUAUACAUCCCGCACUUCACGCUCCCUUACUGGACUGCCUCUUAAACCCUUUGAUUGUAUGGCUAAAAGAGGAGGAUGAAUUGUAGAUAUUGGGCCUGUGGACACUGCUGACAAAUGCAAAAAUUACUGAAGUCGCGGUUUCCCAAGCGAAAAAGAAAUGGGCUUUUUGGAUGUUUGCCCCAAAUUCAAAAGUUGUGAGCUCGGUCCUCUCUUGACAGAUAAGGUUGUAGAAAUGUAAAUUAUAUUUUCAACACCAAAAUCUACUGGGCAGGAGACACUCAAAGUGCUUGUGGGCGUAAAGUUAAUGUGAUAGUUUGUCUUAGAGGUGUGACAAGUGGCAUUUUUGUUUCAUUAUUACAGGUGUAUGGCGCCGAACUGGAGAAAGUUGAAGUGUUUAAUGGUUUCCAAGACUUUGUAGAAACGUUUAACAUUCAUCGCGGUAAAGUGAAAUCAAAAUCAGACGAGGAGGAUACUGUUGUUGGAGAAUUUAAGGUAAAGUGGUAACACAACUGCAGUAAGAAUCUCCCUUCAUUUUUUUUGGUUACCUGUCAUCAGUCUGUUACAGAUGACACUUAUCUUGAUAGACUUGGAAGUGUUGUGCUUUGGUUUGGGGCGCAACUCCCACAACCAGCAAUUUUUAAGGCACAAAUUAGUAUUGAAAAACAAGGAUCCUGUUUUCCUGUAAGGGCAAAUUUAGUGCUGUUGUACAAACAUAGAAAAUAAUCCUAAGUUGCCAAGUGCCACUGUCUGCAGCUGUAUGUCUUAAAAUUAAAGAGCCUGUCUGAACUCUCCAAUUGCCUAAUGGAACAUUUAGCGACGUAAACGAACUUUCAGAACCAACACAAUUCUCACAACUAACACAACCCCCCCCACAACUAGUAGCACCAUUCCCGCAAUUCUUAGCGGCACAACUGUCACAACUCCCACCACCAACACAACUCCUUCGACAAACCCACUUCUCUCAACCAGCUCGACUUACACAACCAACACAACGGCCGUAACGAGCACAACUCUCUUAACCGGCUCAAUUUGUAGUGGUUGAGGUCAUUGAGUUCGUUGUGGUAUUCGUUGUCCUUGUGCCGGUCCUGGUCAUCGUGGCUGUCGUGUUGCUUAUGGUCAUUGUAGUCGUCGUGCGUCUUGAGCCUUGUGGUCAUCGUGGUCGUUGUGGCUGUCUUUGUUAUCGUUGUGGUUCUUGUGGUCAUAAUGUGCAGACGCGGAAAAAUUUUGAUGAUGUCAGAAUUGUUACCGUCAUACCCCUUUGAUACGGACACUGAGGGGCCAUAAAAAGUGUCCGUAUUAACCAGGUUGAAUUUAGAGAAAAUAUAAGGACUUUCUUUCCCCAGGGUCAAAGCAAACUGUCCGUAAUAACAAGGUGUCCACAAAGCGGGAUUUGACUGUACUAGCCUUGUAUACUGUUCUUUUCAUAGCCUUGGGUAUUUCUAGAGACGUCUUAACUGAGUUUGCUUUCAUUUUGUUGCAUUUCAGGGAUCUUUUAGAUUGUAUCCUCUUCCAAGUGACCCCAAUGCCCCUUUGCCGCCCAAGAUUUUACGUAAACUACCGCCCAGUCAACCGGUGGAAUGUCUCGUCAGACUUUACAUUGUGCGGGUGAGAUGGUUAACAUCUUUCCGUUUUUGUACAUUAAAUCAAAUAUCAAACUUGGAAUCAAACUUAAUUGAAAAACGAAAGGAAAGUUUCCUUUCACCGCCUUUAUGAACCAAACUAUCAAAAAUACUUCCUAAAACACUUCGUUCACUGAACUUCACAAUUCACAACUGUUUCGAAUUUUUGAGCACCUGAUGUUCCCAUAAAACGCUUUAGGAGUUUCACAACGUUAUGUGGAGUUGUUAACAAUGUUAUUUAGUUGCUGUAAGUAUAUUCUCGAUCGUGUUAACUUUCAUCAGGCCCUAGAACUUCAACCCCAAGACACCAGCGGACUUGCAGAUCCUUAUCUUGUGGUGCAUUUGGGAAAGAACAAAGUUUCUGAUAAGGACAACUACGUGCCAAACAACCUGAAUCCCAUCUUUGGAAAGUAAGACGACUCUGAUAUAAUAAAGUGUUGUGAUUAAUCAACUGUUGAUUGCUUAUUGUACUUGGUCAGGAAACUGCAAUCUUCAAGGUUAUUUAAUGCUUACGUUAUUAAACUUUUAUUAUAGUACGGAUCUUGUUUUAUUUUGUUUCGCCUGUACCCAUUGAUUUUUUCUCAGCUUCUAGGAAAAAACGCACAACAUUUUCCAGUUCUUGUUAGUCUGGUAAUUAAGCAUUUAUUGCCUUUCGGAUUUCGCAAUGCGCUAGCAAUAUUCGCCGCCGUAGUGAGCUUUCCUUUUUUUUUUACUGAGUCUUUUUGCCGUUGGUCUUAUUAUUCAAAACGGUUUGUCAUUUUGUUCUGUCAGGAUGUUUGAAUUAACUGCCACCAUCCCUAUUGUCAAGGAUCUGCGCGUUAGUGUCAUGGAUUAUGACGUAAUUGGUAGGGAUGAUCUGAUUGGUGAGACUGUUGUUGACUUGGAAAACAGGUUCUUAUCUCGUUUUCGUGCGACUUGUGGCCUGCCUCAAACUUAUUGCACGUGAGUACUGUCCCCAUCGAUGGUUAAUUUCUCCACUAUGAGAAAGGCUGCUCAUUUCUUCUUUUUUUUAAAAAAAAUUUUAUGUAAUCAGUUAAAAUUACACCUUGGAUUAUUUAUGGCGGUUGCCACUUCUAGGAAACAGUGACAGCAAACUAAGCGUGAUGGACAAAAGUUUUUGUCUUUGGUGUGACUGACGAGACAAUCAGCUCAUAAUAUUGAUUCCUAUCAAACAUGCAGAGAGGUCACACAUCAACAACGUUUAACUAUCUGUAAGAAAUAGUCACGAUAGAAAAUUUGCGUGACCGGCAAGUUUUGCUGAUUGUGUUGUAGGUCUGGUCCAAAUCAGUGGCGUGACUCGCAAACGCCUCGUCAAAUCCUGGAGCACUGGUGUGAGUUGAACAGCUUAAACAAACCUCAGUUCCUUGGAAACACUCAACUCGUCUUGGAUGGAAAGGUUUACAACCUACAAGAGUUUGGUAAGAGGACAUAUGCGUUUCUGGCACAAACCUUUCUUUCUCUAGACAUGGAAAAAUUUGCCUUCACACAUUUCUAUUUGAACAAACUUGUCAUCCCCCUCCCCAGUCUUGUUUUUCUCUUAAAGAGAAAGUAUUUUCGCCUCCUUUUUUCAUCAGAGGAAGGCAUGCUGUUCCACCAACACUUGGGCCCGCCCGACCAGCGGCUGGCAUUGCACGUAUUGAAUUCCAUGCCCGUUGUUCCUGAACACGUGGAGACCAGAGCGUUGUAUAAUUCGCUUCAACCUAACGUCGAACAGGUACAAGUAUGUUGCUUUUAGCGGGGUGGGCGGGGUGGGGCUUUAAUGCACGCUAGGGAGUUAAGCCACAGGCAUUGCCAGCAGUGGCAAGAACCAGCAAAGCGAUGGGUUUUAUUUUUAGCCCUUGAGAGCAAGAAAAAUUUGGGAGUAGCCAAGCAAAACACUCUUGUCCACCUCAGACAGGUGUACUUUUGGUAGAGUGUUUGCAGUUGGUCAUAGACGCGUAAGACAGUUGUAGACUUCACGUCCGGCUAGGAAAGCAGAGAACAGGAGGUUCAGGAAAUCUCUGAUCUUCCUUUCGAUAGGCGGCCGUGUUAUAGACAGUUAAGGCCGGUUAUUUAAACGGAGUUUAGGCAGGGUUAAACAAAACUCUGUUGAAAGCCAUUUACAGUUUGCUGAACGCUUUUAUGUAAACACCUGUUAUUGUGAACAGUUUCAUGGAAGCAAAAGGGCUGACUGGAGAAACAUUCAUCUUCUUAAAAUAACCCACAUAGAAAGAGAUCUGGUGGUCCAAUAACCGCGACCUAAGUAAGACUUUAAACUCAUCACCAAUAGAUGAGCUUGGCCGUUGGUGCCUACAAAGUUGGUGGAGCCGGGCAAUGCUCUAGAAUGAGGAGGAGGUAUCCAUGGCAACCCUGCGAGCGGCCCCCACCAGGCACCGUCACACUGAACAAUUCAGUGGAAUACUUACCAACCCAAUACUUACCUAGCCCCCCACCAAGAGGGAGGGAGGGAUGGGAAAAACCAAAGCACAAACUGGCACUCAACAACAAGCAAUUGCAACAACACUUUGCAAAGAACUGCAAGCAAGCAACUGCGUAUAUAAGUCACGAGGUGCCCCUGCUAGAGGCAUCGGGCUACCCCAACUAUAGCUGGGGAAACUGCUGACCAGCAUUGCUUCAAGGUUAACUUUGCCUAAAUUACAUUUAGCCACAUUAAAUAACCGACCCUCAUACUAGAGAAAAAACAGGUGACGUUCGGCUGGCCAGCACUAUGUUCACCUGCAAGGUACCGACAAGGUGACUGUUAAUCUGUCUGUAUCCAUCCUGCAGGGUAAGCUUCAAAUGUGGGUGGACGUUUUCCCCAAACACCUUGGUACGCCAGCAGCUCCGUUUGAUAUUAAUGCGCGUAAGCCUGGAGAGUAAGUACUUAAAGUUUUUGUAUUUAUACUAGUUGUAUAGUUUUUGUAUUGGACUUGUUUAAGUUCCGUUCAUGGUGUGCCAAUUUCUUGGGAAUGCUUCACAGGAUUUCACAUUCUUAGUGGCGUUUUUACCUCUGUGCUCUCCUUCCAUAAAAAUUGACACACCAAAGUUUUUGGCUCUGCUAUCCCUUUGAAAUACAUACACAAUGAUAUGUGAAAUUCUCGUCAGAAACCUGCCUAGUGAUUGGCGUCUUACUCCAAUAACUUUUAAAACCAAUAAGUGGUUAGCGGAUAACUCAUAGAGUUGUGCACUUGAGCCCAGUCACUUGAUACAGUCAUUUGACUUUGGUUAGCGGAUACCUUUUUUGGACAGCUGACAUUGGCUAUAACGUUAAUGUCCACUAUUAUGUUAAACACAGAUGGUAUAUGCCUUUGACACCUGGCUAAUAAUCCCCGGUCAUUGCAAGAAAAUCUUGCCCGCUCAGCAGCCAAGCAGGGCGCGCGUACUAUUGUAGCCCCCAUAUAAUAAUGUUCAAUACUCAAUGAACGUUAAUCGAAGAUCUGCCCUCUGUUUGUGUAAAGAUUUUUGUUUGUUUUUUUUUGGUACACUUGUAACAGUCAAUCCUCGACUUGCACUUUGGUCCUUUGUAAUGUCCAUAUACAGUGGUGAGAAUGCAAUGAUUAGAUUGUUUGUAUGUAUUUCCUAGGUAUGAAUUGCGGGUGAUUAUUUGGAAUACUGCGGACGUGAUUUUAGAGGAGACUUCCAUAACGAGUGAACAAAUGAGUGAUAUUUACGUCAAGGGGUAAGAAGUUUGUGCUAUGAAGGGUGAAGGGUUAAAGGGUUGCAGCUCGUGUAGACGUUUAAUUCGCUGGUCCCUGUAACCUGCAUCUGCCAUUGUUAGUGCGAAUAGGGACACUUUGUGUGUCGUUUCUCUAUUGUUUCGUGAACCAAUGGCAUCCUUGUUUUAAACGAUGCACUCGGGAAAAAAGUGACGUGAAAUACUUUGCAGUAGGAGAAAGAGUUUUACUAACCGAGGGCACUUAGUUUUUUCCCCUUAAGCUUGAGUUAUGGGCAGCGGCCUACUUUUAAGAAGCUUUGAUCUCACUGUUUAGGUGGAUUGCUGGGAUUGAGGAAUCACAGAAAACGGAUGUUCAUUACAGGUAAGGUGACGGUUUACUUAAGGUCAUGAAAUUAUUAGGUUGUUAUACGCGCUGUGAAGGGACCAUCACGUCUCUCUCGUUUACUAGCAACUUUAAAGUUUGCGUCUGUCUUUCCGAUCCUUGUUCAGUGUUUGUAUUAUGUUGAAGGCUUUAUUUUUAUACUCUCCCACGCACGAUUUAACUAGAGAGACUGUUCAUCUAGAAUACUUUUGCCGUUUUUGUAAGCUUUUGCUUUACCUCUGACUUGAACGAAGCCUUGUUUUCAUUCCCUCUGUGCUCUGUAUAGAUCUCUGGAUGGCGAGGGAAACUUCAACUGGCGUUAUAUAUUCCCCUUCAUGUACCUCGCAGCAGAGAAAGUUGUCGUCGUCAGAAAAAAGGUAUUACUACAAACUUUACUUUGAUAGUUUGCCAAUACAAAUGACUAUAAGUAUCGACAGGAAAACCCUAAACAGGAGACUAGUUCCCUCAUUGAAGGGUUACCCAAAAUUGCGAUAAAUAUAAAUUAAAACAGCUAAAAAAUUCAUAAAUACCUAAACAAGUGGCAGUUAUGUACAAUGUUAAAGUAGAAAUAUAAUUAAAGUAGUAAGAAAGAUAAAUUCAUGGAAUGUAGAAGGGAUUUCAGGCGAUCCUUUAAAUCGUUUAAAGAUUCAGCUUUUCUUAAAUGUAAAGGCAGAGAGUUUCGUGAUUUUUCUACUCUAAAAAAAUAGAAAAUUUCUAAUCUUAUCUAAUUGUAAACUGGUGAUGAGCUUGUCUGAGAUUAUAUUUAGAACUGUCAGCUGUCAGAAGAUAAUGAGACAGAUCCAAAUCGUAUAGCCCAUCAUGCAUUUAAAAAGGAAAACUAAUUCCAUAAAAAACCUCCUUGAGGCCAAGGAAAGAAGGUUCGGUUCCUGAAGUCUCUCUCUAUAAGGCCUUUCCUUAAUGAUCAGUUUUGUAGCUCUUCGUUAAACUCGUUCAAUUAUGUCAAUCAUAUGAUUUUUCCCCAGUUCCUCCGUGUUUAAAAUAGUUAAUUGAAACGUACAUGCAUACAUACAUAUGUAACAUGACUUUAGUUUAAAUGUCAUUUAAAUGCCAUUUAAAUGUCAUUUGUACUAACUUGGCCCAUUUCAUGUAUUCAGGCGCACUUUUGGAGCCUUGAUGAAACAGAGGACCAAGUUCCCCCACGGCUUGUCAUCCAAGUUUGGGACAAUGACCAGUUUUCUCCGGACGACUUUCUAGGUGCGUUGUGUUGUUUCUGUUGUUGUUGUCCUUGUUCUUUAGUCAGCCUGCUAGCAGAAUGUAUUGAGAAUUUGGGGCCAAAAUAAUGAAAAUUAAGGUCGCGGAAAUUAUCUCGACUUAAAAAAAAGUCGCCUUAAUUUCAUGAAACGGUAAUUUCUUAUAAUAAGGUAUAUUACAACCGUUGUUUAUGCAGGUCAGUUAGAACUGAACCUCAACCGCAUGCCCAAACCAACGAAGAGCUCCCGGAGGUGCUCCUUGCAGCAGCUUCCUUCUUACGGUGAUGGAGGCCGAUCCAGCAGUAGCGUGGAGACAGUGUCCUUGUUUGAGAUGAAGAGAGUGUACGGUUGGUGGCCCUGUGUUGCACAGGAAGCUGGAGAAGAGAUGCAGUUAACAGUGAGUGUACCUGUUUGCUGCCUGAUUGCUAGUCUGCUGUUUCCGUUUCUUUCUGCUUUGAGUAAGAGGUAGUCGUGCGCUUAUCUAACAUGUCAGCUAACGAAUAGCUUGUUAUCAGUGGCUUUCAUUCGAAAGGUCAAACGCAGUCUUUCUGGAUCCAGUUGUUCGAGGUUGGUCUAGGUGUAUAACGCUUUCUAGUGGACAUUUCUCGCACUUUGACUGAACCACUGAUUUAUAAUGGUAGGGUAAAGUGGAAAUGGCCAUCGAGUUGCUGACUAAAGAGGAAGCUGAAUCAAAGCCGGCUGGUAAAGGAAGAGAUGAACCAAAUCAGAAUCCCACACUCGACGAACCUAAGUAAGAAAUAAAUGCACCUUUAAAACGUAGUUAAAGGGUCAGUGGCAAACAGAGAAAAGGAACAACGGGCGAGAGACGUUAUCCCAAACUUUCGAUUUGAUUUCUUAGAGGUUCUAUAUGAAUGCAAGCGGCAACUAGAGAAGGAUAAGCACGCGCUUGCAUUACAAAUGGCCCCUCCACUUGAACUGAAAUCUUCCACGCUCUACUUACGGGUGGAGUCUGGUUAAAAGCCCUGUUUCGUUUAUGUCGACCCCUUUUUUUCAAAAUCUAGCCAAGAUUUCAUUUAAUUAAACAAUGACUCUAUGAGGUUGGAGUCACUAGAUUAAUAAAUCUUUGAGAAUUUAUGGAUGCUUUUUCUAAUGUUUUAUAAUGAAUAAAAAUUACGGGGAAGAGUGUUUAGAUUUUGGGAAAUUGGAUCGGUGGGUUGUUGAAUAUAAAAAUAUGAAGUAAAUAAUUAAUAAACCUGAUUUUAUUGGCGGACUAAUUUGUUUGUGUAUACCUUUUCUCCCCGUAAUUCUUUCAUUUCCAGUUCAACCCCAUUUCCCAAUUAAAGCAACCCUACUUGCCCCUUAAACCCAGAGAUACGAUAAACUCGUUUUCUCAGUCCUUACGGAAACACCGUAACUAAAAUACGGACCUCGAACUGAACAGACCUCUUUAGCUUGUAUGUUUUGUUCUCCCAGUGAGGGUCUCAAGUCGAUUAGCCCCUCUGUCUUUUCAUAAAAUGUGCGUACAUAUUCACGGGAGUAAGACAAAAUUUGAAAGUAACAGUUCUCUGGAGUACUCAAUAUCACAUGACCUACUUUAGGAAAACAAAAGAUAAAAGCUAGAGAGGACUAUUCGUAACACGUAUUUAUCUCGUCUCCAGUCGCCCCGCAACCUCGUUCCGCUGGUUUACAUCACCGUUUAAGACUCUGCGUUACAUCAUUUGGAGAAACUACAAGUGGAUUAUCAUUGGUAUUCUCAUCACAAUCAUCAUUGUUGCUGCUGUGGUUAUCUUUUUGUAUUCAAUGCCGGUGAGUGUCCUCAUUCUUGUCAUAAGGGGUGUAAAAUAG